GCGAAGGACUUUUACCAUUUUUACCCUGUUUGUGCUCCUUUGCUCCUUCUUUUCUCCACCUUCCCUGCUGUACUUCCCUUCCACACCUCUUUUUUCCUCUUCUUCUCUCAACAACACCCUUCAAGCUGGACUACUCUACUCCCACUCGCUUCAAUACUCCGCCUAUGUGUCGCAUGCUCCUCUACAAGGGCAACCAGCCCAUCCAGCUGGCCCAUCUCUUGACCAAACCAGCUCACUCAAUCAUCAACCAGUCCUUCGACUCAAGGCUCCGUCUCGACACAAGGCGACCCAUCAAUGGCGACGGAUUUGGAGUUGGAUGGUAUGAGUCACAGCCCGAUUCAGAGCUAGGUGCCGCUCCAUGCAUCUUCACCUCGGUGACCCCUGCAUGGAACAAUAUGAACCUAAUCCGACUCGCUGAAAAGAUCAAGAGCCCGCUAAUCUUUGCCCACGUACGAGCCUCCACAGCCGGAUCCGUCUCGGAGAGUAACUGCCAUCCAUGGCAAUAUGGACGACUGAUGUUUAUGCACAAUGGAAAUAUUGCCGACUUUCAUUUAAUCAAACGUAAAGUGCAGGAGUCAUUGCGGGACGAGAUCUUCUUGACAGUGAACGGCAAUACGGAUUCUGAAUGGGCGUUCGCAGUCUUUCUCAACCAAUUGAAGACACCACACCAGGCAGAACCAUUCUGCCACCGCGACCUCAAGGAGGCCAUGCUCCAGACGAUCGCUAAGCUAAACGCAUGGGGCAAAGCUGCGGGAAUCACAGAGGCCUCGAUGAUGAACUUUGCAGUAACAGAUGGUGUCAGCGUCGUUUGCUCACGGUACAUCAGCUCCAGGACUUUAGAGGCAGCCAGCCUUUAUUUUUCUUCUGGCACCCGGUUCGAGAGCUACAAACCAGGACACUAUCGAAUGAUCAAGGCGGAUAGGCGAGAGGAUAUUGUCGUGAUUGCAUCGGAGCCCCUGACGUUUGAGAAGGCUGACUGGCUUACGAUACCGACCAAUAACUUGAUUGUCAUCACCUCAAAGCUGAAUGUGCUCAUGUAUCCGAUUCUGGAUGAGUUCUAUAACCCCUCACCUGUGGCGCGCGUACCGGAGCAAGCGUCAGUCGCUGUCGUUCAGGGAGAGGGUCGAGAUGAUGGGGCUCGUGGAUCACAGAACCGUGAGGUGGUUUUUGUUGAGGACAAGCGCUCGCUACCAACUGCGCUCCCAGAUUCCUCUACACAGACACCACCAAGAUUGGAAUCUUCGGCGCCUCCAGUCAGUCCCUCUUUUAAAUCAAAUUUGUCUACGCAGGCAAGGGAUGUUGGCGCACAGACGGCCGUUUCAUCUACACCAUCACCUUUGAUGGUAGCUUAGAUUGCUG